AUGACUGUAGCCACCUUCUCAAAGCAGACUCUGGGCAUGACUCUGGGCAUGACUGGUAUCGUGGAGGACAAUAAGAAGGUGGAGCAAAGGCAGGCUCUAAGGACAUCAGGACUCAGUCAACAGUCACGCAAGAUUGUCACAGAACUUAGAGGUGAGGAUUUGCCCCCUGACCACAGCGGCAUGAACAUCGAGGAUGUUCUCAUGAACAUCCAGCAAGAGGGAGGAGGAGAGGAUGCAGACUGGGAGGAUGAGCCUGCAGAUGAGUCAUUCAUCCAUGCACUCAGGGAUAUAAUGGGCUCGAGGUGCAUUGCAAUAAUUGUGCGAGGAUUGCUCCAUACUUACAUCCUUCCAGGUGGUGAGAACGAUGGUACAAAGAUGCUCGGACAUGGCGUCAAUGGGUAG